UGUUAAUACAGUUCAGUUGGAAACAAACAAUGAUUAAGAAGAGGAAAACAGCUAGAGACAAAGCCUUUGUCUUGACGCAUGUACAAAGAAAACGAUAAACCCGAAUUUCAUCCCAUCCCAUCCCAUCCCCUCCAAUUCACAGUGAAUCCUCUCAAGAAAAAAAAGAUAUUCUACAAAACAAAUAGACUUGCCAAAAGACAAAAGAAUAGCAAUAGAACCCUCAACCAUCACAAUCAACAAUCAACACCCUUGCCUAUGACAAAUGCCAGGCUAUUUUCUCUCCCAAAAGAGGCUCUGCGUCAUCUCGGUCCGGCAAAGAAACCAGGGGUGUCUCGGAGUUGGCAGUAGAAUAGAGAAAAUCACCACCAUGUCGUAUAUAGAAUCAUGUUCCCUUUCUAGCUGAUAGUCCGCUGCUGCAUCGUCAAAUCAAAGCAACGCAAUGCAAUGCAAUCAAUCAUGCCACGCGCAUCUGUGAUGCGAGGCCCUGUCCGAUUGACAUCUCUCUUUUCGCGGCGCUCCACUCGAAAUCUCCGCUCUUGCCGAGGCACAAACAUUGGACAAGGCCAAAGUGACAUGUAAAUGCUUUCCAAUCAUUCCAUCAUCAUGCCUGUUUUGUAUUAUAGCCGCGCUCUGUCUAUUGACAAGUCCGAGCAGUUGCCAUUUCGUAUCCAGCUCCUACUUCCGCGGCAGGUUUCGCUCCAGUUUCAGCUCCCUCUCUUGAUUCCCAAAGUCCAGAACAAUCCAGCUCUCGGCCCAGUCCGCUCUCAACUCCCUGAUUGUAACACACAAAGAAACUACCUUGUAUAGAGUAGUAAAAGCAGUAGAAAAGUAAAUAGUAUCUCGCCAAAUAAUGUCGCACAAGUAGCACCAGAAAGUAAGAGGCGCCACCUAGAUAUAUAGGUAGUAGUAACAUGUGAAGGAAGAAACGCCACCACCAUGGCUAAUUAUGGAUGGUAAUGGUUGAUGUACGCU